UCAUUUCUCUGGUGUUUGUCUAAAAUUUUGGGAUUCUUGGUUAUGAAUUAUGAAAUAUUUAUCAAAAUUUCUAAUACCGAAAUAUAAUUUAAUAGAUUGAGAAUGAUGGAUAGAUAGAAGUUCCUAAUAAAUUGCGUUUAAUGUAAAAUAGACUUCAGUUAUUUCAAAAAUUAAUCUUUUCAAUAUUUUUCAAAAAACAAUCUCAGGUGUUCGUAUUUUAUUUUUAUUAAAACUUCUAUCCUCUCGUAUCUGCCGUGAUGUCUGAACCGAUAGAAAUUUUCGAAAAAUUGGAAUGUAACGAUACAGAAAUCAUUGAAGCAGCUAAAGCUGAAAUAUAUAAUAUUCUUCAAAGUGUACGAGAUCCAUGGUUUAUCAAUGGCUUAUAUGACUAUUAUCUGAACACAAAUUCUCUUCGUUCUAUGGAGAUUUUAGCAAAUGUUAAUGAAAAUCAUCAUAGGUAUUUAUUUGAUAGACUGAACGAAUCCAUAAAGAGACAGGAGACUGAACUUAGAGUCAAAGCUUUAACUUUACUGGGACACAUCGUUAGAAAACAGCCAACUUGGAUUUAUAAGAUAAAUGAACAUCCACUAAUGAAAGAAAUUUUAUACGUAUUGAAAACAGAGGAUGAUAUUCUGGCAUUAAUAAGUGCAUUAUUAUUGAUAAUUGUCCUUAUGCCCAUGAUUCCCUCUUUGAUAGCUCUUCAUCUACAGGAAAUUUUUGAUAUAUUCAGCCGCCUUGCCUCAUGGAAUCUGGGAACUGGGGCAUAUUUUGAUAAGCAGAUGAUGAUUCACAUGCAGAUUUCUUUGUAUGCCUUAUUUUUGAGAUUAUAUGGGAUGUAUCCAUGCAAUUUUGUGGCUUACCUUCGGUCGUUUUAUAGAGAUAAAAAUAACCCUGUUUUCAUACACACUAUUCAGCCGAUGCUUGAAACUGUCCGAAUGCAUCCAAGACUAGUCACAGCCUCAAAGGAUAAUGAAAUGUCGGCCGACAGGUGGAAGACGAAAGGUGCCCAACAAAUUAUCGCUGAAUGUGAACAAUUUUAUGUUGAUGUAGUUGAUAAAUGUCCCCACGAUUGUUGUUAUGUCAGUAGUGGUUUUCGAUCCCGCUCGAAUACAACAAAUUCAACAAUAAUUGAAAAACCGAAAUUUCCACAUUUAAAACUGACUGAAUUGUGCAAAUUGCCACCACAAGAUUCGAAGGCGUUUUUUAGUCCAAGUUUAGCAUUCCCAAAUCGCAUUCCUCCCCCAACUACUCCGAAAAGUAUCAUCCAACCACUCUACAUACAAAGCACUGGCAGUCAUGAAGGCACUUCACCUCCGGAGGCAGCUAUAGAAGCAACACCUGAAACAACACCAGUACGAGACACUCGGAAUCCUGCAAUCAUCCGAUCUCCCCACGUCGGCUCAUCAGUCGUGCGUGGACUCACCUCAUUCGCUAAAAACAGGAGUGCAAACACAACGCCCACACAUUCACAACCUUCAUCACCCAUGCGCAAAGAAGUAUCCCCCUUUCAUUUUCCAUCAUCGAGCAGCGGAGCUGUUAAAAGAGAAUCAUUCAUUAACCAAAAACUGCAGAAGCUGCUGUAUGAGAGGAGUCAGAGUGUUGAAGCAUGUAUGGAGCCCAGUGUAUCAUCCCUGAACGUACCAACGAGUCCUGUUAAAAUUGUCACAUCAUCACCUCGUAGAAACGAUUCACCGUUGAGUAGGGAGGAUGAAGAAGUUAGGGCUAUAGUUGAACAAAAAGCGGAAGUUGAUCCGGUGGUUACAAGGAAAUGCGAUAGUGUCCUUCAUGAGGAUGUUGAUGUUGAUACUGAGAUAGAGAAUUCAUUAGAGCAGGGGUCCCCUUGCUCCCAGGGAGGAUUACAUAUGCCCAACUCUAGAUCAAUGAAUGAUUUUGCUAAAAGAGUGCAACGUCUCAGAUACCACAGCCAGAAUUACGAUAGAGAUUCCUCAGGAAACUCUGUCGGUGGAAGUCCAGACAAAGGAACCUCAGAAACAACCACCGUUAGGAGAGCCAGCUCUUGUCCUGAUAUUAAAAAAAGAAGUCCUGUAGCUCGGAAAGGAAAUAAAACUCUUAGAGAAACUGAUGAAGAGGCAUUCGAUGAGGAAGUGAACCAAACAAGGGAAUCUAAUCAGAAGAGCUUUACUACUAGUGAAACCCAAACUGAUAGUUACAUGUCAUAUGAACAUCUUUUUCUGAAUAUAUUUCCAUGUUUAGGAAGUACAGAUGUCAAAACUAGUCCAUCUUCGAGUCCGAUGCCUAUCAAGCCAUUUGGUGAAAAAGACAGCCAACAACAUUCAAUUCACAAUGUCCUCGAUAAAUAUAUGGAAAUUUGUAAAGGAGACAUCUCUAAUCCGACUAUUCAUAUACAAUUAGUUCAGCAACAACUUCUUUUUGAGAGAUAUAGACGUGAAGCAUUCUCGUCAAGAAACAGAAAGCUAUUGGCUGAUGCUAAGAAUGUUAAAGCCUUAGAAGAAUAUAAUUCAGCACUGAAAGAUACAAUACAACUUCAACAGCGUGAUUUAGAUUAUUUGAGGAAACAGCUUUCCACUAUACAAAUGGAACACUUCGAAGAAGAAAGGAGAUUGUUAUCAUAUAAAAAACAUUUAGAAGAAAAGGUGAAAGAUUUGCUUGAUCAAGUGGAUAAAUUGAGUGGUGAGAAAGAUAGGGAAAGUUUGAAAUUGUUGGAACUGAAAGACAAGUGCAGCUCGGUUGAUACAGAGAGACAACAAGCAUGCUCUGCUCUAUUUGAAGCUUAUGCCGAGUUGAACUUAGCAAAAGAACAAGUAGCUAUGGGGGAAAAAGCAAGAAUAGAGGUUGAAAGAUUAAAUAAAGAAAUAUUAUUGUUAGGUGAGGCGAAUAUGAAAUUUCAAGAAAAAUUGGAAGAUAGAGAGAAAACAGGCUUGUUUGAUGCCCACAUCGAAAUGCUCGAGACAUCGUACAAGGAGGAAGUCAAUUUUUUGAAAAGUAAGAUUGAAGGUAAAAAGACACUAAUGGAUGCUUACAAGCAUAGAAUAAUCGACUUAGAAAUGAUAUUAUCCCAAAAAGAUGAAGGAAUAUCGGAUCUUAAGCGGAAUUUGAUGGAAGUUAAUUCUGAAAAUUACGAAAAACUCAAGGCUGUGGAGAGCAAGUACAAAACCCAGUUGUCAAUUAACAGGGCGCUUGAACAGAAGAUGCUACAAUUGUUCACCGAAAUCAAAUCACCCGGUUUGAGAAGCCUUCAUUCACCUGAAACAAGUAGCUGCCACGAAGCCAUAGCAACCCCAAGCGUUUCUGGUUUGAGUCCGCAUUCUUCACCUUUGUCGGUAUCUUUGGCUUCCUCAGAAAGCAGUGCAGCUUUUCUGAGUUCAGAUAUCAAAGACAUGAAGAAUUUACAGGUGUUGGUAGACAGAAAAAUCAGUAAAGCUGAAGAAUCCGUGGAAACUGUUGGAGAAAAUAUGGAAAUGUUACCAAACCCAUCGUCCUCUUAUACACCAUCAUCUUCAGCAACAAGCUUACAAACUCCUUCAAUCCCUAUCACACAGCAGCCUUCAACCUCUAGCACCCAGUUUUCAAAUACCGACACGCAAACAUCAGGUAGUGGAAACGAAUCUUCAAAUAAUAGUAAUCAAAAUCCACCAAACCAACAAGUUAAGGACUGAACUAAUUUCGAAUUGAAGUAAGAGAUGUCUUCGUUCUCAACCUUUUUUAUUGUAAGUUACCUAAGGACAGUCAAUAUAUAUUCUAAUGUUGGAAUUGCAUAUAAGUUUAUGGGGGAUAUUCUAAACUUAUCAGGAACAGUCUACAAGUGUUUAUUUCUCAUAUCAUAAUAUUUCAGACCACUAGGUUUUAGGCCACAGUAAGAGAAAGUUUUUGUGUUUUUGAAAAGUUUGGAAUACCAUUGUUUAAAAUUGGAUGUAUGUGAGAUUUUUGGAUUCUCAAGGAGUUCGGUCCAACAGAUGUCGCAAAUAAUCUAGAAUCAAAAUCAGUAUUAUUUUGGUUAAAUCUUUUCCUCAAAUCUCCCUGUAUACACUGGGAGCAGCUUCUGAAAGAGUUAUUCCUUCCAGUAGGGAAUUAAAAUUCUCAUGAAUAACUUCAUAUUAUGUUAUGCCUAUAAUAUCAAGUUACAAAAAAAUCAAAGAU